UUCCUGUUGCUCAACGCGCUUGCUCCAGCCGACGUGUUCUUCCGGUGGCGGAUCGGUGGUUUAUCCUGUGCGGGGCAAAAUGGAGCUCGAGGCCAUGAGUAGGUAUACCAGCCCAGUGAACCCGGCUGUCUUCCCUCACCUGACUGUGGUACUUCUGGCCAUCGGCAUGUUCUUCACUGCCUGGUUCUUCGUUUACGAGGUCACCUCUACCAAGUACACGCGCGAUGUUUACAAAGAGCUCCUCAUCUCCUUGGUGGCCUCCCUCUUCAUGGGCUUUGGAGUCCUCUUCCUCCUGCUGUGGGUCGGCAUCUACGUAUGAGUGUCCAAGGGUACCCACCAGGCAGCUCACCAAGUCUCUGCUUUUGUAAAUUAAUUUUUUACCAUUGCUACAUGUCCCACCUGCUGUUUAUAAUAAAGGCAGAUGUGUGACA